UCCCUAAUUUCGAUUAAGUCAGAUAAUGUUAUCAUUGUGGUUUCCUCUUUUCAAAAAUUGUCUGUUAAAAGGCUAUUUAUAAUUCUCACAUCCACAUUUAAAUCAGUUGGAUUUGUUAAAUUUUGUUAUAAUGAAGUUCAUCUUAUUUGAUUUUGUCUUAAUUGCAGGUGUAGGGAUAAAUCCACCAGUAAUAACACCUACUCCAACUACUCCUGCUCCUCCGAAGGUUACUACUCCAAAUUAUUCGUCGAAACCAAAAGACCAAUAUUGGCCUGGUAAAUACAAUGGUGGUGUUAAUAAUAGAACCGUUCUGGCCGAUUGGCUUCUGAACGGUAAUUGGAGUUCCAAUAAUGUACCAAGUGAUGUCCACAAAGUGCACGAGUACCCCGGUUACGAUGGUUGGUAUAACAACUUAGCCAGACCCGACUCCGGUGCCAUAGCGACAUGUGAAUUACAAUGCAUGAAAUUAACAACUUCUGUAACUCAGAAGAUAGAACAUGAAGGAUUUCAUAGAGAUAUUUGGUGGUUAUUAGAAACUGCAGACGUUAAUAAAGUGGUUUGGAUGGAAUCAGGAUGUAAUUUAGCUUUAAAAUUAGAUGUGUCUAGUGGAAUGUUUAUUAAUCCAGACGAGAUAGCGGAAUUAAAUAGAAUAGGGGAGCUCAGAAUUCACGUCGAAGGAAAAGUAGACGUAGAAGUCCCAGCACACGAAGCUACUGAACAUACAGUUUACAUUUACUUGAAUAAUUCAGAAAUUAAUAGAAUGACCGUUACAUUGCCAGUUCAUUUGCGUUAUCAGAGAAGCCAAAUCACGGGCGGCUAUGGGAAGAUACCUCUGCGAAAACCAAGCCUAUUAGCGUGGUGUCCUGAGACGUUGGACAAAAUAUGUGGUAAAGGUUUAAAGGUGGAAGCUCCCUGCACGGAAGAAGCAAAAUCUACUUGUAUAUGGAAAAAUCUAACUUAUUUCUCCCAUUUCGAUGACUUGGAACUUUUUGUACCUGUGGGUGAUUUAGACGACUAUCCUUUAGUUUCGAUAGUUACUUUACUGUUGGGUUGCGCCGAUAGGCCUCUUUUGAGAAGGUGGCCAGCUGCAUAUAAAGAUGGUAGUUAUCUGCCCGCGGGUCACAACAGGAGAAACCCGAUAGAACUUAGCGAUCAACUUUUAAGUGGUGAGAUAGGACAGAAGUCGAAAAAUGGAAAGAAUGCCCUGCUUGUCUUCUUCGGUCAACAAGUGGUAGAAGAAAUUUUAGACGCGCAAAGGCCAGCUUGUCCUCCUGAAUAUUUCAACAUUCCUGUUCCCUCUUAUCACAAUUACACCACAGUCCCAGGCCAUACACAAUUGCCUUUGCUUAGAACUAGGUACGACAUGAGAACUGGAUAUAGCCCUAACAACCCUCGACAGCAAUUGAAUGAAAUAACACCCUACAUAGAUGGAGGAUUAUUUUAUGGUAUAACUAAACAAUGGUCAGACCAAUUGAGACUGUAUUCCAACAAAACACUCGAUCCAGAUGGCAGAUUAGCAUUUUCGCAUGACGGUUUGUUUCCAGAAUACAAUACCGACAGAUUACCCAUGGCUAAUCCUCCACCACCUCUAUACCACAAGCAAUUCGUAAACAACCAUCAAACCGCACCUGUUAAUAGAUUUUUUAAGCUCGGAAAUCCUCGAGGAAAUGAAAAUGCCUUCCUGCUUUCAUUCGGAGUAAUGUGGUUCAGAUGGCACAAUUACCUAGCGACCAGAAUUCGCCACCACCACCCGCAAUGGUCCAGUGAAAUGGUUUACAACGAGGCGAGGAAGUGGGUUAUCGCAACGCAGCAAAAUGUCUACUUGUACGAUUGGCUACCCCAAUACUUAGACCAAAAAAUAGAUCCUUAUCAGGGAUACGACGCCAGCAUCGACCCUCAAAUCGACCAAUUCUUUCAGGCCGCCGCCUUCAGGUUCGGGCACACUCUGGUAGUGCCGGGGGUGUAUUUGCGAGGGUACACGAGGGAGAAUUGCCCGACGAAGUUCGGCAAUUGGAAAGCGAACGCCAUCAGAACCUGCAACAUUUUCUGGCGACCGCAGGAGCCGAUGCUCAACAAGACCGACGACAACAGCAGCUUGAUCGACAUCGACAGGAUUCUAAUGGGAAUGUCAGUUCAACUUUCCGAAAGGGAGGACCACACCAUAGUCGAAGACCUGAGAGGCAACGUUUUCGGUCCUUUGGAAUUUCCCAGGAGAGAUUUAAUGGCUAUUAACAUACAAAGAGGAAGGGACCACGGGUUGCCCGAUUUCAAUUCUGCUAGGAAAGCGUUCGGCUUGCCAGCAUAUAAGAAUUUUGAAAAUUUUACUCAAAUUACAGAUGAGGUUCGUGAAAAAUUAAGGAAUUUAUAUAAUAACGAUAUAAAUAAUAUCGAUGUAUGGGUGGGCGGUAUUUUAGAAACGGAUACUGGACCUGGCGAAUUGUUUAAAACUAUAAUCAUAGACCAAUUUACUAGAAUAAGAAAUGCCGAUCGAUUUUGGUUCGAAAAUGAGCAUAAUGGCUUAUUUACGAAACCCGAAAUAGCAAGGAUUCGUAAAAUAACUGUGUAUGAUAUUCUAAUGGCUGUGACAAAAAUGGACGACAUAGACAUCCCUGGUCAACCUUUCAGAGCACCCAUUGGAAGAGAUAGUGACCUAAUAAAUGUAUGCAAAUUAAAUAAAACCGAUAACUAUUACCAUUUGCCGCAAUUGAAUGAUCAACUACUAAACGAAAGCUGCUUCAAACCUUAUUCAUACGACUACUUCAGCAACAGUGAAUUCAGCUACAUCUUGACAUUUUCAUUUGUAGUCGCUUUUAUAUGCGGAACUAUUGGAUUCGUCUUCUUGCUUAUUCGGCUUAAAGAAAAAGAAAUAAUGAAGCUGAAUGCGGAAGAAAGCUGUUUCAGAAGGAAAACGCUGACGGAAAAUGCAGUUAAUUGGCCUCUCUUUAUAGUCACUGAAUGGGUUGGCCCAAAAUACCCAACGAGGGAAAUAAUUUUAUCAUUCCAAGAAAUGAAACUAUGCGUAACAUCAUUUAAUGGGAUCAUGCUUAGAGCGCUGGACUUCUCAAACGAUUUACAAAAAACAGUAACUAUAUAUCACAUAACCGAUCGACUAACAUUAAUUAUACACACCAGGCACAAUUACGACCUGGUGAUUAAUUUCGAAUCGGAGUUCCUGCGGAGCAAUUUCAUGUCCGAAUUCGACAAACACUUCAUCGACACUAACGUAGUAACGAAGGAAGUAGUGAACCUCACUUGGAGCGCGGCUUUGAAAGUCGUAGUGACCCAAGAAAAUCGGCAGGCUCGACUGGAAAUGUUCUUUCGCGUUGUCUUUGCGCAGGCCUUUAAGAUCACCCAUUCCAGCACUGAGAUUCUGAAAGUGGACGCGUUCAUCGCCAAGGAAGUCGUGGACACCGAGCUCACCAUCAGCGAAUUCGCCAGUUCGCUGAACAUGACGCCGGCCAAUGAGUUCGUGAAGAGGAUCUUCGCGCUCAUCGAUAAAGACAAGAACGGGUUUAUUUCGUUUAGGGAAUUCGUCGAUUUGAUGAUCAUAUUUGCCGAUGGUACUGAAGAGGAAAAGGCCAAAUUGCUGUUCGAUAUGUACGAUAUAGAUGGAAUCGGGCAUUUGAAGCAACAGGAUUUCGUUAACAUGAUCAAAUCGUUUUUGGAAACGGUGGAAGGCAAAAUCGACGAUAAAAACAUCCAAAAAACCGUUAACGUGAUGCUGAAAAAUGCCGGGGUAGAACACAAGACGAAAUUGACUUUUGAAGACUUCAAGAAGAUGAUCGGCGAUGACCUGAAAAACUUGAACGCGGCGAAAUUGGGCUUCAAGGGUAUCCGAGAGGCAGAUCAUUCUUACUUAGCCAAAGCCAGGAAUACCAUUGAGAACAUCUACGAGAGCAAGCAAGAAAUCGAAGCGAGGUUUAAAGGGCAGGGCAAACGUCCCACGGAAGCUGAACCUCGAAACAGCACAAGCAUAAUCGACGAAGGGCAAGAGGAGGUCAUUAAAUCGAAAAACUACAAGCAAAAUGACAAAAAAUACGCCGCUUUCAAAUUAGUCGAAUUAAAAUCGAAGGAAAUUUUUUGGAUGACCCUUUACACUUUCGUGUUGCUCGCAAUAUUCGCCGAAAGAGCUUACUAUUAUUCCAUUGAAAGAGAGCACAGUGGGCUCAGACAAAUUGCGGGGUAUGGAGUGACGAUAACUAGAGGUGCAGCUUCUGCUAUGAUGUUCACUUAUUCCUCACUCUUAGUAACAAUGUGCAGGAAUACCAUAACCUACUUGCGAGACACUAUCGCCAACAGCUAUUUUCCCUUCGAUUCGUACCUCGAUUUGCACAAGUACAUCGCUUAUUGGGCUUUUGGAUUUACUGUGUUACACAUUGUUGGACACGCUUUUAAUUUCUAUCACAUUGCAACGCAGCCUUCGGACGAUUUGAGUUGUUUGUUUACUAAUUACUUCCAUGCUACAAACGAAAUUCCGAAAUUUCACUACUGGUGCUGGCAAACUAUGACUGGUUUUACUGGCAUAGUUCUGACGUUGAUCUGGAUUACUAUGUACGCUUUCACCUUGCCUAUUACUAGGAGAAAAAUUUACAAUUACUUUUGGUACACUCAUAGCUUGUACCCGCUGUUUUUCAUCUUUCUGAUUCUCCACGGAUCCGGUCGUCUUAUACAGGCUCCUUUUACUCACUACUUUUUACUGGGACCCGUUAUUUUGUUUACAAUCGAUUCGCUGAUAAGUAUUAGCAGGAAAAAGAUCGAAAUCCCGGUCAUACGAGCCGGCAUUCUGCCAUCAAAUGUUACAAUGUUGGCGUUCAGGAAACCGGAAAAUUUCCAGUACAGAGCGGGCCAAUGGGUCAGAUUAGCUUGCAUGAGUUUGAACAAAAACGAAUACCAUCCAUUCACUCUUUCUUCGGCUCCCGAUGAAGAUACACUCACCGUACACAUUAGAGCUGUCGGACCGUGGACGAAACUUAUUCGGAGCAUUUACGAAACGUCCCUUCAAACCAAUUCGAAAUUGCCUAAAUUGUAUUUGGACGGGCCUUAUGGAGAGGGCCACCAAGAUUGGGAUACUUACGAUGUGGCCAUUCUCAUCGGCGGAGGGAUAGGAGUAACACCAUUCGCUAGCAUUUUGAAAGACGUGGCUCACAAAUCGAACAAACUCAGAACUCGCUGUCAAAAGGUGUAUUUCAUUUGGGUGUCGAGAACUCAGAAGCAGUUCGAAUGGCUGGUAGACAUAAUCCGGGAAGUGGAAAACAAGGAUACCAAGGAGUUCAUUAGCUGCCACAUAUUCAUAACGCAAUUUUACGAGAAAUUCGAUCUCAGGACGAUACUGUUGUACAUUUGCGAGAGGCACUACCAGCGCAUUUCGAACAAAUCGCUGUUUACGAAUUUGAGGGCCGUCACGCAUUUCGGGCGGCCGGCGUUCGCUCAGUUCUUCAAAACUGUUCAAUACAUUCACGAAUCGGUAGGUGCUGUUUAG